UCAGAUUGUAGAGAAAAGAUGGCUGGACAAGAUGGUGUCGCACCUGCUGAAAAGCAAAUAAGAAAAAAUGUAGGCCGUACUAAAAUAAAGCGGAGACAAGAAAACAGUGACAAUCCUGAUGUACAUGUUCCCAAGUCAGGGUCUCCCAAAAAGCAAAGGAGAAAGAAAGGAGAAACCAAAGAAAAAACUGAAGAUCAGAAUACUGAAGAUGUGUCCAUGAAUAAGGAACCUGAUGAAAAUAAAUCCAUUGUAGAUGGUAUACCAAAAUCAGGGCCUUCCAAGAAGCAGAGAACAAAAGAAGAAACUGCUGAGAAAACUGAAGGCCAGAAUGCUGAAGUGUCCAUGAAUAAGGAACCUGAUAAAAAACUUCAGAAGAAGCAGAGGAGAAAGAAAGAAGAAACUUUGAAAGAGAAUACUGAAGACAUAGCUAUAAAUGAGGAUUCAGGCAAAUCCAACAGGGCUAAAAUAUCUAGGAGAAAGAAAAAUGAGACAAAAAAAUCUAAGAAUGAAAUGAAAGUUAAAGAAAGUAUUGAAGUCCCGGAUCUCAUACCAAGACGUCUACAGCUUUGCUCAACUUCCCAAAAGUAUGUUGGAGCGCAUGUUUCCAUUCAAGGAGGUCUGUGGAAUGCUGCAUUGGAGGCGGGUCGCAUUGGUGCAAAGGCAUUUGGUCUGUUUCUGAGGUCACAGAGGACAUGGAGCUGCAAGCCUCUAGAGAAAAGUGCUGCUGAGAAAUUUAGAAGAACUUGUAAAGAGUUUGGGUUUGACUCUCGCUUUAUACUGCCCCAUAGUCCUUAUCUCAUGAAUCUGGGCUCACCAAAACCAGAUGUACUUCAGAAAAGUCGUGAUAUGUUAGUUGAUGAAUUAAACCGGUGCCAUCAACUGGGCCUUACAUUAUACAACAUCCACCCUGGAUCCCAUUUGGGAGAAAUGUCUGUAAACAAGUGCCUGGAGCUCAUUUCUGAUGGUAUUAACCAUGCACACUCACAAGUGCCUGACAUCACAGUAGUGCUGGAGAAUAUGAGCUGUCAAGGUAGCACAGUUGGAGGUCGCUUUGAGGAGCUGCAUGGAAUUAUAGACCUUGUCAAAGACAAGACUCGAAUUGGCGUGUGUCUAGAUACCUGUCAUGCUUUUGCUGCUGGUCACAACUUGUCAGAAGAAAAAGGCCUUAAGCAUAUGCUAGAUGAGUUUGAUAAAGUUGUUGGACUCUUAUACCUCAGAGCAGUUCAUCUGAAUGACUCUAAAGGGAAGGUUGGCUGCCGACUUGAUCGCCAUGAAAAUAUUGGCCAAGGUCACAUUGGUGUAAAAGGGUUCAGACAGGUCAUGAAUGAACCACGGUUUAAUGAAAUUCCUAUGAUCCUCGAGACACCAUACACGUGA